GUAACAAGAGAGUUUGGCAUAAUAGGAGGAAGAAAAAAAAAUCGGAAAAAGAAUAAAUGCAGAAAGAAAAUAAACUACACCCCGACGACGACGAAAGUCUCUGACUGUCUGCUGUCUGUUUUAAAAAGGAAUAUCAUUUUGUGUUGUAUAUAGUGAAAAAAAGAAAGAAAUAACAAUAUUCCAAAAUCCAAUUACAAAAAACACUUGCAAAAAUGUAGUUAAAUUAGCAAAAAAGCAUUUAUGAAACAACUUUACAAAUAUAAAUGGAAAUACUUUACUCAUCACACACCUUUUUGUAAAAGAAGAGGGCCCAAGUGCAAUUAACUCCUUAAGCAAAAGAAAAACCACACCAACACACACAUACACACAAAGAAACCAACACAUACACACGCGCAGAAGAAACCGAUUACCCAACAACAACCAAGCAAACGCCGCCUAAGCAAGUCAUCAUAUUUCAAGAAAAAUAAUAAAAAAAAAGAAAAUUUAACCAGACGUAACAUAAAAAAAACAAAACGAAAACGUUGACAUUUCUCAACAUUCAAUUCAACAGCAAGAAAAUUCCUUAAUGAAAUUAAAAAAAAAAGUAAAUAACAUCACAACAAUUCAUAAGUUAUAAAUGUGCAAAAGCAAAAUGCAAUUGAUGAUAAGCGGGAAAUAAAGCAAAGGGCUCGUGGUCAUCUUUCUUUUGCAGUGCAGGAAAAGAAAAGGCAACAAAGAGGACAAGAACAGCAACAACAACAGGAACAGUAAUCAAUGUUAUGAUUAAAUAUCAAUAGCAAGUUUAUUAAUACAUAUUGUUUAUUGGUAUGGUAUGGCGGUAUUGAACAAUCCAAUCUCGUUGAGAAAAACGACAAAGAAGUAGAAGACCAAACCAAACAAGGAAUCAGUUUAAAGUUCAUAGUGCAAAUGCUGCUGAUGAAGAGCUUGUGAAAAUUUUGAAAAAAGAAAAUAUUAAAAAAAACCUAACGAAAGCAGUGGCAUAAUUUGUUUUGUUAAAUGUGUAAAUAUUAAUAAUUUUUCUUCUGAAAUCAAAACAAAAUAACAACUAAUGCAAAUUAAUGUAACAACAAUGAACCAAUGACCACCGCCCGCCAAAAGUGAAAAACAUAACAGUAGUAGCAGCAUCAAAUCAAAUACCUUUGACACCAUAGUCGUCUUCGUCCCUAUUCCAUAACUGUGCACAAACAUUUUGUUUAAUUCCAACAACAAUAGCAACAUUCUAUGACAUUUUCCUACUGCUUGUUGUUGUUAUCACCAUCAUCAUAAUCUCUUUGUUGUCGUAAUUAUUAUUGUUGACCCAUUAUUGACCCAUUGUCGUUGUUGCCGCCGCGUCAUCCUCGUUGCCGUUGUCUUUUUGUUGCUGUGCGUCAUAAUUUCUUCUUUUAUUUGGGGGCAUUUCCAGUUGCAUUUCAACGUUUUCUCCUCUUCUGUUUGUUUAAUAUAAGCCAAAUUUCAAGAUAACUAACAACAACCACCACCAAUAGCUGAGCAGCAAGCAGUGCUACACUACAACAAAUAACAUUUUCACUCAACAUCAUAAUUUCAUCUUUCAAGUCAUAACAUUCUCAAAAUAUUUACCAUUAACAUCGUCAUCUUCAUCAUCAUCACCAUCUUCAACUGCUUUGGAAGUCGCUGCCUCAAAGUAACAUCAAAUUUUUAACAAGCUCCCAAGUUUACUCCACCACCACCACCACGACCGACCACCAGACAGCACUACACCACACCAACCAACCACCAUCAUCAUCAAUAACAAAUAACACACAUUUACUGUAUGAAAUUCGCAACAGAAGAAACAAUCACCAACAGCAAGCCGAUUUGACAGACAAACAACAACAGCAACAAGAACAGGAACAGUCACCAAAUAGCAGUUUUUCUUUUGGCUAAAAAGAAAAAAUAGAAAUCAACAGCCAGCAACAAAAAAAAUAGAACAAAAAAUCAAAACGUGAGCCAUACAACAUACCCAGAACAGAGCACGACGACGGCCAAGUGACACAAACAGAAUUGUACAUUUUAUUUAUUUUCUUAACUUGGCUGCUGACUGCCAGUUAGUGUUUAGAACACAACGACAAGCUGCUGCUCGCCCUGUUUCAAGCGAUAGAUAUUUUCUUCCUGCAUCAGCCAGCAUUGUACAGUACCAUAGUGUUGUUGUUCGUUCCUUUUACUCCUGCGUUAAUUUCUUUUUGUUCUGUAUAUUUUGCCAACGCCAACAACAAUCAACAAUAAAUUUUCUUUUCUUGGUUCCUUAGUUAUUGUUUCUUUAGAUUUUAGUGUUGUGCAUUUAAAUAAAUAAAAAAAAAAGAAAACGAAACAAAUUUCCAUUAACAAAACAAAAAAAUAAAAUCAACUAAAUUAUCAAAAGAAGUUAAAAAGAAUAAUAAGAAGAAGAAGCAGCAGCAAAUAUCUCUCUCAUUACUCUUGUCAAGAAACAAACAAACAACAGUCGUGUCAAUGUUAGCAAAACGUUAUCGUAACGUCAACGUACGUUAUUGUCGCCGCAGCAACAGUAGUAAGAUAGUAAGAGCAACACCCCCCGCCUCUAACUGAGAGAAAAAACGGGUCAGUGAGUGUGAGUGGUGAUAACUGUAAGACAAGAUUUGUUGCAUUUUCGGUUUGUUUUAUUUUGCCUUUUUUUGUUAACGUUAAACCGUUUAAUUUGUCACUAUAAUUGUACAAAAACGAAGUGAAACAAGAAGCAAAAACAAAAAAAGGGGAGUGAAUGCGUGAAAAACUUUGGUAGCAGUAGUGACGUUCGCCGUAAUUUCUGUUCAUCAGUUACGCACAUUGAACUCCAAACAAACAACAAUAACAACACAUCCAGCUAAGAAAGGAAGCAAGCAACUACACAACAACAGAAUCCAUUCUCCAUUCUAAUCAUUGUCGUUUUAUUUUCGUUAACGCAUCGUCGUCAUCGUUGUAUUGUCAUCGUUAAAUCGGUGAAUUAUCAUCGGUGCGGUCGGUGUGUACGAAAUGCAGCGACGUGAACCACGACAAUCAGGUGGUGGUGGAACACAGCCUGCAGGGACAUCCGGAGCCGGUGGAGGCGGCGGCGGGGGAGGAGGAGGCGGUGGCGGGGGUAGCGGCACAGCUCCUGCACGUAACGCAGUCAGCUCCGGCAAUAUGUAUUCCGCCCGCCAAUCAGUAAGCACCUCAACCGGGGUCCUUAUGGUCGGACCAAAUUUUCGUGUCGGUAAAAAAAUUGGCUGUGGUAAUUUUGGAGAAUUGCGGUUAGGUCGUCGCAUGUGUUUCUUUCCAACAACACCAUAUGCCGAAAAGAGUAUUAAUCCAGCAGGCAAAAAUCUGUACAACAAUGAACAUGUAGCAAUAAAAAUGGAGCCAAUGAAGUCAAAGGCUCCACAACUACACUUAGAGUAUAGGUUUUAUAAACUAUUAGGAUCACAUGAUAAUUGUCCAGAGGGUAUACCGCGUGUCUAUCAUUUGGGCACUUGUAGUGGCCGUUACAAUGCCAUGGUAUUAGAAUUAUUGGGACUGUCUUUAGAAGAUCUCUUCAAUAUAUGCAACCGUCAAUUUUCACUCAAGACUGUACUGAUGAUAGCUAAGCAACUUCUCCACCGGAUCGAAUAUGUUCAUAGUCGGCACCUAAUUUAUAGAGAUGUUAAGCCAGAAAAUUUUCUUAUUGGCAGAACAUCAACGAGACGAGAAAAAAUUAUCCACAUAAUUGAUUUCGGUUUGGCCAAAGAAUAUAUUGAUUUAGAUACAAAUAGACACAUACCAUAUCGGGAACACAAAUCCCUGACGGGUACUGCUAGAUAUAUGUCUAUAAACACACACAUGGGCAGAGAGCAAUCGAGACGUGAUGAUUUAGAGGCAUUAGGUCAUAUGUUCAUGUAUUUCUUAAGAGGUUCACUGCCAUGGCAAGGUCUUAAGGCCGAUACACUUAAGGAAAGAUAUCAAAAAAUUGGCGAUACCAAACGAGCAACACCCAUUGAGGUACUUUGUGAUGGCCAUCCCGAAGAAUUUGCCACAUAUUUACGCUAUGUGAGGCGGCUAGAUUUUUUUGAGACCCCCGAUUAUGAUUUUCUGCGAAGACUGUUCCAAGACUUAUUCGAUCGUAAAGGCUAUGUGGAUGAUGGUGAAUUUGACUGGACAGGGAAGACAAUGAGCAAGGAUCAACUUGAACAAAUGAAAGCAAUUAAAAAUGCACCACCUUCUCAUUUAGCCAAAAACAAAUCGGAUAAGUCAACGCCGGUUGGUUCAUUACAGACGGGUCAUGAAGUUAUCAUUUCACCAAAUAAAGAUCGUCAUAAUAUAACGGGCAAGGAGGGUUCUUAUUUUGAUUAUGAUGAUGACGAUGAAGAAGAAUAUAUAAUUUUGGAGACAAAUGCCAAAGGAGGUGUUGCCGCGUGGCCAGAUGUACCCAAACCAGGUGCUACACUGGGCAAUCUUACGCCUGCCGAUAGGCAUGGUUCUGUACAGGUUGUGAGUUCGACAAAUGGCGAAUUAAAUGCGGACGAUCCCACUGCUGGUCACUCAAAUACUCCCAUAACGCAACAGCCUGAAGUCGAGUUAGUCGAUGAAACAAAAUGUUGUUGUUUCUUUAAACGAAAGAAGAAGAAAUCAUCGCGUCAAAAAUGACUAGAUGGUGUCCAAUGUAGUCCAGAACGCGAAGCAGUUACAUUGCUACGCGCCACUUCACAUUCAAAUUCAAGGGAUAGCGUUCUAAAUAAUCCAAGUCAGGAUUAUAUACAACAGGCAACGUCACAACAUACGUUGCGUUAUCCUCCAUCCGCGUCAAUGCUGACGCCUACACCAACUACUAAUACACCGACACUUCCGUUGUAAUUUAAAAACAUUUAAAGUUAAACAAACAAAAAAAAAACCAUUAAAAAAUCCAUAAAAAAUAAAAAUUAUAUUAUACAUACAUUAUUAAUUUAGCAUUAUUAUUAUGAUUUAUUAUAAAACAAAAGAGAAAGAAAACCGAAACAAGAAGAGAGGAAACAAACAACCACAUUUAAAGCAAAAUAUUUUUUAUUUUAUUUUUUUUUUUAUUAUUAUUAUCAAUUUAUUAUUUUUUUUUUUUGCGUUAUUAUAUAAAUUAUUAUAAUUCUAUUAUAAAUUAAAUUAAACAAAAACACACAGCAACAGCAAACAAAAAAAAUUGAUAACAUGAUAUAAUUAUAUGAUAUGAUGAUAAUGAUAAAGAUUGAUGAUCAAAAACAAAACAGAAAGAGUAAAACAAAAACAAAAGAAAGAAAAAGGAUAAGAUAAAACAAAUCACAACUUAUAUAAUUUAAUAACAACCUUUAGCCUUUUUACGAGGGGGCAAACAAACCAACAACAGUUUAAUUUGUAUACAAGAUAAAGAAAAACCACAAGAAAACAAAAACAGAAAAGCGGAAAAUAUAAAAGAAACCUAUUAAACAAAAAAAAUCAAAA